UUCUCUCCCACCUUGCAUGGCAUGCUGUCCUCAGAAGGAGCUGCUGUGUGCUGUUGCGUGUCCUGUUGUCUACCACAGACAAGUGCUUCAGCUGCUUCCCUUCUGCCGUCGAGUUCAUCUGGGCAGCUGGAUGCCGAAGCACCUAAGGGAAAGCACCUUAGCAAAGGCAAUUCUCUGCAUACGGCCCAUAAAACAACAGUGCUGUUUCAAAACCCUGGGGUGCGCCAGGACCCGCCUCUGGGCAACCGCCCCCUGAGCGGUGCUGGAUCUAAGGCGAAUAAUCCAUCCCUCCUGCCGCCAGACCCCGCCGAGCAGUCCUCCCCAGCGCGCUUCCUCGGGCACAGAGCUGCGGGGUACCCAGCCGAGAGGGCCAGGGCGGCGCGGCUCCCCCCGCAAGGACCGCGGGGAGCGGCUCCGGCCGCCCAUGUGCUGCGCUGCGGGGUGCCCGGCGCAGGGGUGCUUCGGGGGCCUCCCCGCCGGGCGGCCCCGGCUCCCAGCCCGGCGCCUCCCGCUCCGCCCAGGAAGCGCCCUUUGCCCGCGGAGCAGGAAGCUGCUGCCGGCGCGCAGCGGGGCGGGCACCGGGCGGGAGCGGGCGCCCUGCAGGUUUGAGCUGUUGUGCCUGGCAUGGCCGUGCGGAGCCUGCUUAGCCACUGACAGCACUUCAGGAGCAGACUGCAGGAGCACAAGGAGCACGAGAAGCUGAAAGUAUGGCAUUCCACACCAGGAUGGGUCCCAUAACCUCCACAGCUUGGUACAGCCACGGGUGGAAUACAGAGCUGAGUGGUUGGAAGAGAAAAUAAGUAGCUAUUUGCAAAUAGCUAAGAUGUUUCCCCGGGUGGUUGUUAUUGGAUGUUUGUCGGAUGCUGGUACCACCUCUGAAACGGUGAGAGAUUUGCUCCUCCAAAGUUCCUGCUUGUUGACAGCUUUCAGAGAGAAUCCCUGCUGUUUGUGGUGAGCUGCCUGGGGGAAAGAAGUAUCCCUGAUUGCUGAACCUGACAUAACUGUCCAGAUGGACCAAGGAGAACAACAAGAUCAUGAGGCCUUGGAGGAGAUACACAUGGGUGGUGACCUAGGUCCCCUUCCAGAUCACCUUGCAAGCACAGAUCAGCAGGAUGUGUUGGCAGCAGGGUCCAGGGGAGGAGAGGAACAGUUGGGGGACAGCCGUGGAAGUCAGAGCAGUUUCCCAGAGGCGCAGCAAGGUGACUGUGAGGAGGAAGGGGAGGCUAAGCUGCCUUGCUCUGAUAUCAGCCUGGUGAAAAGACAGGAGAGAAGGGUGGCAGCAGCCUCACGGCGAGCCCCUCGUGCAGAGCGGCCCACCAUCUGCUCUGAGUGUGGCAAGGGCUUCAGUCGGAGCAUCCACCUCAUCCAGCACCAGCGAAUGCACACUGGGGAGCGCCCGUUCCUGUGUGGGGAGUGUGGCAAGGGCUUCAGCCAGAGCUCCCAUCUCAUCCAGCACCGGCGGGUCCACACAGGCCAGAAACCCUACACCUGUGCCGAGUGUGGGAAGAACUUCAGCCAGAGCUCCAACCUCCUCAAGCACCAGCGCAUCCACACCGGGCUCAAACCCUACGUGUGCAGUGAGUGUGGGAAGAUCUUCAGCGACAGCUCCACCUGCAUCAAACACCAGCGUAUGCACACAGGCGAGCGGCCCUACAAGUGCCCAGCCUGCGGGAAAAGCUUCAGCCAACACUCCCACCUCCUUCAGCACCAGCGAGCCCACGACGGCAUUCGGCCUUACGCCUGUGGGCAGUGUGGCAAAUGUUUUGGGCAGAGCUCUGACCUCAUUAACCACACUCGUACCCACACCGGUGAGAAGCCUUACAAAUGCAGCCAAUGCGGCCGGGGCUUCAGUGGCAACUCCAACCUCAUCAAGCAUACCCGCAUCCACACUGGGGAGCAGCCCUACCGCUGCACCCAGUGUGGGGAAAGCUUUCGGUUCCAACCCCAGCUGGUGCGCCACCAGAAGCACCAUACAGAGUAGAUGGUGGAGAGGAGAGGGUCAUGUGGACCAUAGGCCGCCAUCUGGUGUUGGGAAGACACACAGCUGCUCCCUGGACACCUCACAAAGGACAUGAAUUUUGGGGGAGGUAGCCCUCAGAGCCUGUCCCCUUCUGGGUAAAUCUGUGAGUGCUGCCCAGGCACUUGAGCAAAGAGGGAGGCCACUGCCGAACGAAUUAGUGUAUGCUCACUGUGGUGCGGUACUUGUUCUGAGCCCCCAUUUUGGGGAUGGGGAAAAGAAAGGUACUUACGGUACGGUACGUUCAAGGCCAGAGAGGAGAACAUAGAAACGUUCCAAGGAUCAGUGCCUUUUUCUGUCACUUCUAGCGGGGAGUGAUUUUUGUCCCAGUAAAAACCAGCUAAAAUCUAUACCUGUUUUUUGUACAAGCUGCCUGAGUUUUGCCCUCGCAGUAAGGCCACAGCCUGGGAUAAUCGCUCCCCUUAGAAUCCAUGUCUCCCGCUUGCUGGUAUUCUUGGGUUUAGGUGGUAUUAGCAUCUCUUUAUUUCAAAACCCCACAACACUUUCCUGGGUGUCUCUGCGUACAUGUUGUGGGCCCAGCCGAUGCUCUACUGGGGCCACGUCUAUGGAACGAUAUUUUUGCUGGGUUGUAUGGUUGUUAAAUUGGCGGUUCCACAAAUUACGCUGCUGUUUGACAGCAGUAAUUAAGUAAAUUGACAUUCUAAUAAGUAUUGCUGUCAGAUUCUUGUUUAGGUGCUUUUGUGGGUAGCACUUUAUGAAUGUUUUUAUAAGACUUUUAAAAAUAUUUAGGAUGACUUUUUUAAUUGUGAUCUUCUAAUUGUCCAUUGAUGAACAGAAAGAGGAUGAUGUUUGAAAAAUAAGCUAUGUCAGACUUUGAUUUUAUAUUAAAUAUUAAA